GACCACCAGCCUACUGAAGUCCACACAGCAGUAACCAUGCCUGUAGAUUUCACUGGAAAAUGGGAGCUGGAGUCAAGUAAAAAUCUUGAAAAUUACCUUAAAGCACUGGACAUUGACUUUGCCAUCCGCAAGAUUGCAGUUCACCUCACUCCAACAAAGAUCUUUACCCAGGAUGGGGACAAUUUUGUGAUCAAGACACAGAGCACCUUUAAAAACUAUGAGCUGAGCUUCACUAUUGGAGUUGAGAAAGAAGAAUCUACUAAGGGAUUUGACAACAGGGCAUUGAAGACUCUGGUGACCUGGGAAGGGGACAAAUUGGUGGCCGUUCAAAAGGGUGAGAAAGCCAAUCGGGGAUGGAAACAUUGGAUAGAAGGAAACAAACUUUAUUUGGAGCUGACAUGUGAAGAUGCUGUGUGCCAGCAAGUGUACAAGCGAAAAGACUGAUUUGUGAUGUGACUAUAUGAUUUAGGUCCAUCAAAAAAGCUGUUAACUUCUCAUUUUACUGAUGAAAGACUGAAAUACAUUUCUCUGAAUAUUUGUUUUCUUCUGUUUGAAUAAAGAGAAAUGGGAAUUUU